UGGGUUUGUUUUUAACCCUUUGACGCUAAGAUUGGGUGUUGUAUCAAAAUCUGAUAGCCCCAGAUGCAGAUGCAGACUCUGGGUCGUUUUUGUUUGUUGGUUGCUGGUCACUCUGUUCUUGGCUUGUACCAUAGGUUUCUUCGCCUUUCGUUGGGCUUUCUCCUCAUGGAUUUCCCUUCAACCUUCAAGUUCCUCACCCAGGCCAGUGAGGUUGGUUGUGGCUUCGUUCUUCUCGGUUACUUCUCUCGCCUUUUCAAUGUCGUCGGUAUCAUCUUGAUCUUUGGAUUCUUGAUGAGGAUUAUGCGUUCUGGUUGGACUUCUAAGGACUUAUUGCAAUUCCUCUCUGAAUUUGGAGGCACCCCCAGAUUCCGUUCUGAAGUCCCUGGUGCAAAGGUUGCAACUUUGGAGCGUGACCCUUUGAAAUCUUCUUCUUCCAGUUUAGGGAACAAGAAGGGUUCUCAUGCGGAAGAUGGGGUGGAGGAGAAAGAUGAUGAGGAUUUGGAAGACGAGACGUUCGACGUAAUGGCGCUGAGAAAAAUGGUGAAGAUGGAGAGGCAAAGAUUCAACGCUGCGUGCGCUGAGAUCGAGAAGGAAAGGGGAGCGGCUUCUUCAGCGGCGGAGGAGGCCAUGGCGAUGAUUUUGCGGCUGCAGAGCGAGAAGAGUUCGGUGGAAAUUCAGGCCAAUCAGUUUCGGAGGAUGGUUGAGCAGAAGCAAGAUUAUGAUCAGGAAGUGAUUGAAUCACUGAGGUGGACUGUUAUGCAACAUGAAUCUCAGAAAAGCUUGUUGGAAGAUCAAUUGGGGAUUUAUAGGGAGAAACUGAGUCAAUAUAUGACGGAUGAUGAAAUAGACCAACUUGAAGGAGUUGAUGCCACUAGGGGCUUUUUGAAUUUCUCUGUUGAAAGUGAUCAUCUUGAUAGUUCUUAAGAAAACCCAUUCACAU